GACAGUUUUGACAUUUGAUACACGUGCGACACAAACGGCAGCAAAAGGGAAAAUAUUCCUUUUCUAUCUAAAUAAAUUGUACGAGUUGGUACAAAUGUCGUAAUUAUAACAUUUACCUUGUAAACAAAGUUUUAAUCUACAAAAUGCCGGAUAACGACUUCGAAGGUGACAAAAAGAAAACGCAUCGCAAGAAAAAUGCAGGCGUUAGUGCGGAAAAGAAAAAGGCUAAAACGAAACAAUCCACGGAGAAUCUAACAGCUCGCCAGAAGAAUCCCAAAGCAUUUGCAAUCCAAUCGGCUGUCCGUGCUGAGAGAAAUUUCCGUCGAAAGGAAGACAUCACAGCAAAGAAGCAACACAUACCUUUGGUUGACAAAACACCGGAUGAACCACCACCCGUUCUGAUAGCCAUCGUUGGCCCGCCAAAGGUGGGCAAAUCAACAUUGAUACAGAAUUUGAUCAAGAGCUUCACGCGAACCAACGUCACGAACAUCAACGGUCCCAUCACCAUCGUAACUUCGAAGAAACGUCGUAUCACUCUGAUUGAGUGUAACAAUGACAUUAACUCGAUGAUCGACAUUGCAAAAUGUGCCGAUUUGGUCUUGUUGAUGUGUGAUGCCAGUUUCGGGUUUGAAAUGGAAAUUUUCGAGUUCCUCAACAUUUGCCAGGUGCAUGGUAUGCCAAAGAUCAUGGGCAUUUUAACGCAUUUGGAUACGAUUAAAAAUGCCAAGACGUUGAAGCGAAGGAAAAAGGAACUGAAACACCGAUUCUGGACCGAAGUGUACGAUGGUGCCAAGCUGUUUUAUUUGUCGGGCAUUAUACACGGCGAAUACCUCCGCAACGAAAUAAAAAAUUUGGGACGAUUCAUUUCCAUUAUGAAAUUCCGGCCGUUAACUUGGCGUGGUGCACACAGCUAUUUGCUGGCUGAUCGCAUGGAAGAUGUGACCAAUAACGAGGAAAUCAGAUUGAAUCCCAAAUGCGACAGAGAUGUCAUCUUGUACGGCUAUGUGAGAGGUGUGCCGAUGAACAAAGAAAAUAUGGUUCAUGUGGCUGGUUUGGGUGACCUUCGAAUUCAUGAGUUGAGCGCACUGCCCGAUCCGUGCCCAUUUCCCGGUACCGAAAAGAAACGAAAUUUAUUGGAAAAAGAACGAUUGCUCUACGCACCAAUGUCCGGUGUGGGUGGCAUUGUUUACGACAAAGACGCCGUGUACAUCGAAUUGCAAGGAUCGCACAGUCAUCGAAAGGAUGUGAACACUGAACAGGAAGAAAUCGUUCAAGAUUUGAUCGACAAGAAGGAGACAUUUGAUGAACAGAUCGACAAUCAGGAAUUUCGUUUGUUCAGCGAUGGAUCGGUUUUGAAGUCAAAAGAGUUCCAGGAUGACGAUUCAGAAGAAGAUGAUGAUGAUGACGGUAGUAGUAGUGUGGAUGAAGGAUUCGAACAGGAAGUCGGAUCAGAUGAUGAAGGUGGUGCAAUGGAUGCAAAGGACGAUUGGAGAAAUGAAUCGGAUGAAGCGGAAGAGGAUGAUGGAGACGAAGAAGAUGAAAGUUCUGACGAAGAGUAUGAAGAAAACUUCACAAAAUCGAAAUCGAAAGCCAGAUCACUCAGCGGAGGAACUGAUGAAGAAAGCGACGCCAGCGGUGACGGCAAAGAAAGUGAUGAAGAGAACGACAGUGAAGAUGAAGUGCUCAAGAGUAACAUGUCUUGGAAAGAGAACCUAGCACAGAAGGCUCGGGAAGCCUACCUCGAUCGCCAUUCGAAUACAGACAAUUUAAUGAAAUUGGUCUACGGCGUUUUCAGUAUGCAAUCCAAGCGUAAACGUCAAGAAGAAGAUGAAUCCGAAGAAUUGGGUGGACUGUUCAAAGUCGUUUCAUCGCAACGAAAAAGCGGUGACGAGAUGAAUUCGUUGCUGAAUGCCGAUGAGAAUUGCUUAUUCGAAGAAUACACUGCAGAAGCCAGAGACUGGCUGCACGAGGAGAACAAAAUUUUGAUAAAAAAUUGUUUCGUCACCGGUAAAUGGAGAGCGUCUGAAGAUGCCGAAGAACUUCUGCGAUUAGAUGAUAUGAGUGACGGCGACAGUGAAAUUUACGGCGACUUUGAAGACUUGGAAACUGGUGAAAAGCAUGGAGCGACAAAAACGCCAGAAACAGCUGGUGAAUCGAAGCAACAAGAAGAGGAAAAAAGUUCACUGAAGCGCCCGAUUUCCCGCGUUGAAGAGUCGAACCUAACCAAGACGGAAUUGAUGGCAAAGAAAUUGAAAUUGAAAGCUCAAUUCGAUUCUAAUUACGACAACAAGGAUGAAGGCCGCAUUACUGGUGACCAUGAGUACUAUGAGGAAUUGAAAGCGGAAGCCAAUAAACAGUCGGAAUUGAACAAGGCCGAAUUUGCUAGUCUGGAUGACGAUUUGCGCAUACAGAUUGAAGGUCAUCGUGCAGGUCUGUACGUACGCAUCGGCUUUAAGAAUAUUCCAUGCGAAUUUGUGGAGAACUUCGAUCCAACGUUUCCGAUUUUAAUUGGCGGUCUGAACAUGUCAGAAGAGAACAUUGGCUACGUGAACUGUAAGGUGAAGAAACAUCGUUGGUAUAAGAAAAUAUUGAAAACUGCCGAUCCUCUGAUCGUUUCGUUGGGCUGGCGUCGCUUUCAAACGAUGCCAAUCUACGCCAAAAUCGAAGAUGACAUGAAGCACCGUUACUUAAAGUACACGCCGAAUCAUGUGACUUGUAGCAUGACUUUCUGGGGACCAAUAACACCUCAGAAUACUGGUUUCUUGGCCGUUCAAACAGUUCAACAGAACACCGCUGAAAUGCGACGUCUGGGUUUUCGUAUAGCUGCAACUGGCUGUGUUACAGAAGUUGACAAAUCCACACAGAUUAUGAAAAAAUUGAAAUUGGUCGGAACACCGUUCAAGAUCUACAAGAAAUCGGCAUUUAUCAAAGGCAUGUUCACCAGUGGAUUGGAGGUGGCCAAGUUCGAGGGAGCCAAAGUGAAAACCGUGUCCGGUAUUCGUGGACAAAUAAAGAAAGCAAAUAAUCAGCCGGAAGGUUCGUUCCGAGCCACUUUCGAGGAUAAAUUACUGCUCAGCGAUAUCGUAUUUUGUCGCACAUGGUUCCGAGUCGAUGUGCCCAAAUAUUAUGCACCAGUGACGUCUUUGCUGCUGUCGUCGGAGGAGAAGAAUCAAUGGCAGGGAAUGAAAACCGUUGGUCAGUUGAAACGAGAGCAAAAUAUUCGGAAUGAAGCCAAUGCUGACAGUGCGUACACGCUCAUCAAACGGGAGACAAAGCACUUCAAACCAUUGGUUAUACCGAAGGCUCUACAAAAUUCUUUGCCGUACAAAGACAAACCCAAAUCGGGUCCCAUCAAUGCAAGGGCUCCAAUUGAUAGCAAUCGCGUUGCUGUAAUCAACUCACCGCACGAGCAAAAGAUCGAAGCCAUGCUGAAGAUGAUCCGCACCAACUACAAGGCAAAGAAGGAACGAGACCGCGCCGAUACGGAGAAACGAGUGUCGAAAUUCAAGGCCGAAAAGAAUGCAAUUGAAGUGCGGAAAUUGAAGAAGCAGAAAGAGUUGAAGAAGAAAAUCUGCCGCACGAUUAGUCGAAUGGACAAAUCGUCGAAAGGAAAGGAAGGUGGUAAAGGUAAAAAGGGACGUCCGAAGUAAUUGUGAUGAAUUUUGUUACGGAAUUAAAGAAAACUUUCUUUUAUA